GCGCAGACUUUAAAGGCAGUAUUAAAGGCGGUGCUUAUUUCAGUGAUUCAACUUCAGGUUGCAAAAGGAGCACCUACUCAAUACCACUUUCUUCUCUCCUCUGAGUGGAUCAUGUCUGUGAUACUUUUACGUCUCCUGAGUUUGUUUCUGUUGGCGGACCUCCUCACAGGAGACCAACAACUCGUUUGUCUGGAGUCAAUCCGGGCUUCCGAAGGUGAAGACGUCACUCUCCGAUGUCACUCGCAUCCCAAACUCCACUUGGACGAGCAGACGGUGGAAGUGAGCAGAGACGACCUCCCCGGGAGGGACAACAUCGUCCACCUCUAUCGGGACAGAAAGGAUGAUUUUGAGAACCAGAUGACUCGGUACAGAGACAGAACCCGUCUGGACCCUGUAGACCUGACCUCAGGAAAUGUCACGCUGAGGAUCUGCUCGGUAGACGAGUCGGACUCUGGACGCUACGUGGUCUUUAUCCCAAAGCUGCACAUCCGUUUUGUCAUUAACGUCACCAUCAAAGCUAAAGACCCAAAGAACCAGACGAAGAGUCGUGAUCCUACAAAUGUCCCUCCAACGUCGGAUGAUCUUGGUGCUGAGAAGAAGACGGCGGCUGUCUGGAUCAUUGUUGGUUCUGUCCUCGGUGUCCUCGUUGUUGUUGUUGUUGCUGUUGUUCUUUUGAGGAAAUAUAAAGUAGUAGACAUUUGGAGGAACUUCAGAGGAAGGAGGCCAAACAACGAUGAACCGGUAACCGUGGUGACGGGGCCGAGGGAGCUGGGACAAGACGCUCUCGCAGCCGAAGAAGCUUCCAUCGAGUUGAUGGUCAACAACAACAACAACAAAAACAACAACCAAUCCGGAAAAUCCUCCGAGGUUUAUUAAUGAUGAUUGUAUUCCUCUGUUUUGUUAGAAAAACUAAAUUCAGGAAAAUCUGUCACUUUGUCUUCCAAUGUCCCCAAACUAUAAUAUCUCCUCUGCAGGUGUCGCACCCACAUCUCAGGUAUUCAAGUGAUUUUAAAUCCUUUAAGUCUUAGCUACUGUAGUUAGGGACACGCAAGGGACACGCAGGGGACACGCAAGACCCCCUCGCGUGUCCCUCGUGUGUCUUUUCACCCCUCCUUGCGUGCGUCGACCCAUUUUUCUAGACUUGCGACGCCGCACCAGGCUGUGAUUGGUCUGCUGACUACGUCCUUUACGGAGUCUCGCGUCUCCGUUUUCACAGCACAAUACGGCCGUUAUUGAAAGGAAGAACGUCGACGAGAGAACGGAUCAGAUUGAAGAGCUUUUGUCUGAAGAAAUGUGUAAAUAUGAGCACUUGUACGAGACACAGUAGCUUUAAAGGUGGACUCUAAACAUAAGAUCUGUCCCGUGAAGCUGUGCUAUACCAAAUCUAAGCUCCCUUUUUUAUUUUUGUAUAGUUUUAAAAUAUAUUAACCUUUUUAAGCUCUUUUUAAAAGCUCAUACGUAACCAGUUAAGAUGAAUGUGAUCGUGUCCCCUUUUUAUUUACGUGUGAUGUUUUUUCCCCCACUUUUAUUUAUCUUUUUACUUCUGCCUGUAUUUGUUGUCUCUCUGUUGGAAGUUAAUAAACUGUUGUACUUUAA